AUGACCCCCUCAUCCUCCACGGCUGGAGCAGCUGAGCCUUAUCACCAGGGCAACAUCAGGUUGACCCUGGAAAACUCUGACCUCUGGAGGUCCUUCCAUAACCUGGGGACAGAGAUGAUCAUCACCAAACCUGGCAGGAGAAUGUUUCCCCACUGCAACAUCAGUGUAUCCGGACUGUCUCCAUAUGCUAACUAUGUCAUCAUGGUGGAUAUGGUUCCCGUGGACAACUUCAGAUAUAAGUGGAAUAAAGACCAGUGGGAGGUGGCCGGUAAAGCAGAGCCACAACCCCCCUGCAGGACCUAUGUGCACCCAGACUCCCCCGCACCAGGAAGUCACUGGAUGAAGCAGUCCAUCUCCCUCCUCAAGCUCAAGCUUACCAACAACACACUGGACCCACACGGCCAUGUUAUCCUGCACUCCAUGCACCAGUACCAGCCGCGCUUCCAUGUGGUGCAGGCAGAUGAUCUGUACAGCGUUCGCUGGGCACCCUUCCAGAGCUUCAGCUUCACGGAGACCAGUUUUACUGCCGUCACAGCCUACCAGAAUAGCAAGAUCACAAAGCUAAAGAUUGACCAUAACCCGUUUGCCAAAGGAUUCAGAGAGGAGGGAACACAUGCCAAAAGAUUCCGUGCUCACAAGGGUCAACCCGGUCCAGAGAAUCCAGCCAAGAAACUGAGAACCGAUACAGAGAAGGAUCCAGAAUACCAAACCUGUGCAGGGCUGUUUCUGCUUUGUGUCUGGCAUCUGUUAACAUGGAUGUGCCUUUUUUACUUAACAGAUUACCCGCGCCUGCCGUACGAUCCCCAGAGAGAGGAUGAUGAGGUACCCCUGAGGCUCAAGCAGGGUCCAAACCUCCAGGAUGAACACAUGUCCCCCUGGGACUCAGAGCAGGACCCCACCCACAGCCUGCACGGGGACGCCCCCAUGGACUUCAGCAGCUCUGAGCAGUUAGUGCCUGGUCAGGCCACCCACCCACCCUACAGAAACAAACUCAAAAACAGUGUUCCGAUUUUUAAAAAUGUUCUCUUAACUCCUCUUUCUAGGUCAGAAGAUUUCAGUCGAUUGCCAUCCCCCCCUAGCGCAGAAUCCCACCGCGUUGACCACCGCCAUUACGAGCCCUCAGUCGAUGUGGCCACCGUUCCAGAGAGGGAGGUCACCAGAUCUCAUAUUUCUGUCAACAUGGGAACCCCUCAGGGUCGGCCUCUAGACUACUCAGUGCCCAGCCACAUGCCACUGGCCUCUAAGAACAAGCAUGGACUCGCUGCUCCGCCCAUGUAUGGCCAUUACACAGAGCAGCCAUAUGGACAAUGGAAUGGAACGAUCCCCACACAAUACCCCACCUCCACCUACAACCAUCCACACCGGCUGACGGCGGAACAUGGCGGGCCUCACCACAGCCAUCACCAUGGUAACGUGUCAGAGUGGAGCCAGUACCCACUGUUUUCAUACUCCUGUUGGUGAAGGGAUUGAUCAGACAAUCAACCGAUGAAAUAUGGAGCCAGGACUUAGCCCUCAGGACUUUUUGAGACCCAAUAACAUAUCAGUAUGUUUCAGAUAUAAAAGUUGCCUGUAGAAAAGUGAUGUCAGCCUGUAUGGAACCAAUAGACCAUUGGAAACAUAAUAUGGAUUCCAAGUGAUUUUCGACCAGACAAAGCUGGUUCAAAGCUCGGUGUAAAGAGAUUUAUGUGCCCUUAUGCACAGAAAGGGGAGACACACACACAUGGUUCCGAGGGGUGAUUAAUAGUGUUUGAGGGGCGUAUAUCUUGCUGCCUGUCGGCACUGUAGAAUGGAGAAAUGCAUCGUUUUUCUUUCAGUACCCUUAACAAGAACACUUGAGUGAGAUUGUGUGAAUGUGUGCAUGCAAACGUGUGCCUAACAAUUUGCAUGUAGUGCAUGUAGUUUAUUUAGUGUGAUUGUGAGAUUGAAUGAGGAGUGACAAUGUGACUUGACUUCAACUUGAAAAAGUUUUGCAGUUGUUGAAACUUAAAAGCAGAUCAUAAAAAAACAAUUACCAUCCAUGAUUAAAUAAUCUAAUGAACCAUUUGUACAAUUCUAUUGUUUCUUUGUUUGCAUUUUUAAUGCUCACACUCUGGAUUUUCCUACACCUCUCAAGAAAUGUUUAAAUAAAACAGGAAGUUGAUUUCUUGACCUAAAAACUGAGUGAAAGUGUAUUUGUGCUGCCCAUGUUUGUGUGGGUGUGAAGUGUCCCUGCCUUGUUAGAGUAAUUAGGACUCUGGUGUUAGAUCCUAAAUAAGAUCCAGAGUCAAAGCUCUCUUUGGGGGGUAAUUGUGAGUUUGUCCUUCUUGUGGCACUGACUGUGACAGGUUCCAGCCCUAAAAAGUUUACCCAUUGAGUAUUAGGUAUUCCACACAGUAGAAUCUCUAGUGGAGAUAUGAAUAUGCUGGAUGAAAGGAUGAAAGUGUUGACUCUAUGUAGCAUCCGUGACUGGGAAAUAAGAUACUGAAGACAAGAGAAAGGGGAGAACAAGACUGCUCAGAUUAACAGAGCAGAAGUGAAACUGCGCUGAUGAUGAGUUAAUCCUGCAAAUGGAUGAAAAGUAAAUCAGAGAGAGAGAGUGGGAGGAAUGGAGUGUGAGGACCAAUGAAUCAGGCAGCUGGCACUGGUGGGUAGCGAGAGAGACGGGAGAUACAGAGAUGAGAGGGAGGGAGCAGAUGACUCGGUCACAGGUUGGCACCAGUGGGCAGAAAAAUAAAAAUGGAGAGAGAAAGAAAGAAAGUAAGAAAGAAAGAGAUGAGGGUCAUCGGUUGGUUUCAUUCACUGCCCCUGCCCUGCCCCCGCUCCACACCUGACCCAGAUCCAAGUGCGGGCGGUGUUUGUGGAGGGGAGGGGAAGGGAGAAAAGCGAGUGAGCGAGCGAACAUGGCCUGGCCUGCUUUCCCUAGCAGAAGGCUGCAGCGUCUGUGCUGUAAAUGUUUAAUCGUGGGCGCUCACAAAUGGUGCCAUGAUGAGGCUGGGUGCAGUGGGAGUAUACUGAGAGGAGCCACUCUCUACCAGCGGGAUCCCAGGAGCCCAUCAUCAUGUGGACACAAAUCUCCCUCACUAAGCAGACGGAGAAAACCAAAGUCUGGAGCAGCAGAUGCAGAAGGAGCAACAGAAAGAAAGCAGCAUGAGAUCCAAGUAAACAACGAAAAAGAAAUAAUAAAAAAAAA